AUGCUUACGGUAGUUCUUAUACUCGUAAUUCUGGGGUGUUGUCUAAUUGUCUGGUUUAGAAGGAACAAUAAUGAAGAGCCACCAGCUCUUAAUGGAUACUUUCCGCUGAUAGGGCAUGCUCAUCUUUUGAUAGGAGCUGGAAACAUACAUUUAUGGAUAUAUUUGAAAGAGAUAGCCUACGAAUGCUUGAACGCGGGUGGAGUAAUGUCUAUUUUUCAUGGGCCCAAGACAGUGUACUGUGUGGCCGAUCCAGACGACUUCCUGACAGUCGCCGAUACGUGUUUACAGAAGGAUUGUUUUAACGAAUUUGCAAAACCUUGGCUUGGCGAUGGGCUAGCGACAAGUGAUUUGACAACGUGGAAGGAACAUCGGAAACUAUUAGACCCAGCGUUCAGCCAGGCCUUUACAGACGGAUUUCUGACAGUUUUCAAUAAACAGGCUCGCCGUUUGGUUAAGGAGCUAGAGGUGAAGGCUGGCAAAGGAACUUUUGAUCAUUUCGUUUAUACUCGAAAAAAUGCUCUGGAAACUACUUUUUUUACUGUUUUCGGGGAGGACUUCAAUGACAAAAGCUUCCUCAUCAACAUAUACCAACAGAAAAUGGACCAGAUGCUAAACAUUCUUGUGGAAAGGUUUAAGAAGCCUUGGUUACACUGUGACUACAUAUACAGGUGGUCAGCGUUAAGAAAGCAGCAAGACGAUUGUAUGAAGAUAUUGCUUAAUAUUUCGAAUACGGUUCUGAAAAAGAAAAAAGCAGUUUACUUGAAUAAUGGAAAAAACCAGAAUAUCAAAAAGGAAACAAAUGGUCCAAAAUUUAAGGCCUUCAUUGAUCUUCUCCUAGAACUAGCAAUAGAGAAAGAUGCUUUCAACGACGAGGAGAUCAGAGAACAUGUUGACACUCUUAUGUUUGGUGGGCAUGACACAGUAGCUAGUGUGCUUAUGUAUACCAUUUUGCUGGUUGGAUCCUACUCUGGUGUACAGAAAAAAAUCUUAGAAGAACUGCAGAGCAUCUUCGGGGAUAGCAACAGAGACGUUACGAGGGCAGAUCUGUCGCAGCUGGUUUACCUGGAGGCCGUUAUAAAUGAGAGCAUGCGUAUUUAUCCCAUAAUGCCUAUUAGCACUCGUCGACUUGAUAGAGACGUCCAAUUAAAAAACUGCACUCUAAAGAAAGGAAGAACAUGUUUGCUGUUCAUCUUUGGUGUCAAUAGGCACCCCAUGUGGGGUCCAGAUGCUGAGAAAUUCAAGCCAGAACGUUGGCUGGGCUCCACAACGCCUGAUUGUCCCACUGCGAUCGCUGGCUUCGGUGUAGGAAGAAGAGUGUGCAUAGGAAAAUCAUACUCUAUGAUGUCCUUGAAAACGACUUUGGCUCACGUGCUUCGCCGCUACAGGGUGUCCGGGAACCAUUCGCAGAUGGUAGCUAAGAUUGACGUCUCUCUGAAGCCAGUAUCGGGACACCACGUGAAAAUUGAUUCGAGGGUCCAGUAA